GUGUGGCGUGUGUGUGUGUGUGUGUGUGUGUGUGUGUGUGUGUGUGAGUAUGAAAGAGACACCUACAGUGUAGCCUACCAAAUGUCAGAGCUGAACUCAUCGCUGCACUGAGAACAUCACAUACCAAUCAUUGGCGAGGGAGGUGCAACGGCAUUGUAAAAAGAGGGUUUGUCCGACAAAUAUUCAACAUUUCCACCGACUCCAGAUCACUGAACACAGAGGGACUCAACAACAGUUACGUGUGACUGAGAUGAAGAACUUAAUUAAAUCCAUCCUCAUUCUCAUCCCUGUGCUCAUGUCAACAACAGGGACAGAAGAGGUGGUAUAUGCUCAGGUGGGAGAUACGGUUACGCUAAAGCCUCCAAGGAGGGAUAAUUUAAAGGACCAUUAUUUGUACUGGUCAUUUGGUCAUGAGGACCUUCAACUUGCCUGGCGGAAUCCCCAUGGCGGACAGGGGUUCGACAAAAGCCCAUGGAACCAUUCUUUGUCCAUGUCUGACGACUCACUGGUCAUCCACCACAUCAAACAAGAACACUUUGGGACUUUUAUCUGUAAACUGACUAUGAAUCGUAAUUCAUUCGUAAUCACAUAUAAACUACUCAAACUCAACGUGAUUAUGAACCCACCAUUUCCUCUGCUGCCUUUGGAAUCUCUGUCUCUGGUCUGCAACGCAGAGUCUCCUCAGAGUCUCAUGAAGCCAGAGAUAUACUGGCUGACUCCCCAGGGAGAGAAAAUAAAAAUUAACGAAGGAAGACUCACCAUGAGAGCCACAAGCCAACACAGUGGCGAGUGGACCUGUGUUGUGACAAAUGGUGAAAAAGAAUACAAGGCCACAAAAUCUGUUAUAGUUGUGGACCUCUCCCCAGCUCCUUUACGUCCUCAGUAUACGUCUAAAUCCUCGCCUCUCACUGUCCCCUGUUCCAUUGCCCCUCACAUCUCCUGGGACAAAAUCAUAGCCAAGGGCAUCCAGGGAGUUCACUGGGACUUCUUCCCUAUAUCAGGUCUCAGUUCUGCUGUUCCACAGAAGCUCUUCUCCCUGUGUCUGGGGGAUGAACUGACCUGGAAGACAGAAAAAAACACAGGACUGAAACCCGUGAAAGACCUUAAAAAAGGAAAUUUGACUUUGAUCGGAAAACUACGGAGUGAAGAAGACGCAGGGGACUAUGUGUGCGCCCUGAAUUUCACAAAUGGUGUAAUUCUGAAGAGGACUGUACAUGUAAAUGUGCUGCAAAUCAUCUCCUCCCCAGGAACAGACUUCAUUUCUGGCCAGCAGGUCAACCUGACUUGCAGCAUUGGCCAUCCGCUGCCCUCUGACCUGCAAGUGAAAUGGAUCCCACCUAAAGCAUUGUCCCUUCCGUCUCUGAGACCUGACCAUCACCAUCUCACCAUCCCGGAAGUGGGGACAGGAGAUAGCGGAACAUGGAGGUGUGAGCUGUGGCAGAACAGCACACUGCUGACGUCAGCUACGAUAGUGCUGAAGAUUGAAUCCAAGCUGAGUGUGUGGAUGCUGGUGAUCAUAUGUAGUGUCAUAGUCAUCGCAAUCCUCCUCCUCGUACUCAUUUUCACCCUCUACCGACGCAAACAACGGAAGAUGAGACACCUCAGGCAUCGACUCUGCCAAUGCAAAAACCCAAAGCCCAAAGGAUUCUACAGAACAUAAUAUCUCCCACAAAGACAUUUUCAAGAGGACAUCGCAACCAAUUGAAUUUCUGUCCAGAUAAGAUGGAUUUUUCUGUCAUAUUUACUAAACUGUGAACCUCUGUUAGGUGUGUGAUGCGGGCCUGAAAGUUCAGUCAUUGUUGAAAUGUCAGAAAAUGUAUUUUACAGUUGUACAUAUCAGCCAGUUUGGAUAGUUUUUAUAUUUGUAAUGUAACAUGUAAUUGAUUUCUUCGGGACUUUUAUAUUUCACAGAAUUUCUCAUUGAAACUAUGCUAUGUUCCACCUAAUUAUCAUUUUAACAUUAUUGUUUGUGAUUAUUACUGUUAAUAAUUGUUUAUGUUAUACUCUUUCAUUCACAUUGUUUUCAGAUUUGUCUUUUUGUCAUGUUAUGUAAUUUUUACGACGCUCUAUGAUACUGCUUGUUACUUUUAUAAAUAUUUACCAAUAUAUAAUUUAGAAAGUGAGCAAAUGUUGAUACUAAAUAUACAAAUUAGGAUACUUAAACCAAAUAGAUCAAAUUUUUGUCAGAAAAUUGUUUAUUUGUUGAAACAAACAAACUGUAAAAACAGUUGCCAGUGAAGUUUUUGAAUAAAGUAUCAAUAUCUUUCAUAAUUGAGUGGUGGUCCUGCAGUGGUGUGGUGGGGCUCACUGGAGCGGGAUGGCGUCCAUCU